ACAAAUCGUAGUAGACAUUCGUCAGAAUGAAGGUUCUGUUGUGCGCGCUGGCGUUGGUGGCGGUGGUAGUGGCUUAUGAAGAGCCGACCAGGUACUACCACUCUAAUUAUGGUAUCGCCGCCGCCGCGCGUAUCAAGCAGAUGGAGCAGGCCAUGGACUUCGACGGCAACAGAAUCGCUGGCGGGUCUGGUGCCGGUGUAGGAGCUCAUCCUCAUUUGGGUGGAGUAGUCAUUUUACUGGUCACAGGGCAACAAUCCGUCUGCGGAUCCUCCUUGAUCUCCAACACUCGCUCCGUAACCGCCGCUCACUGUUGGACCGAUGGUAACAUGAACGCCCGCCAGAUUACACUCGUGUGGGCCUCGGACCGAUUGUUCAGCGGCGGCACCCAUAACAUCCGCAACAUCGCCCUCGCCAGUGGUACUGCUACUUUUGCCGGACAGUGGGCAACUGCUGCUGGCUUCGGUCGUACUGGUGAUGGUAACAGUCAUGUCAUCACUAAUAACCAGGCCAAGAGGCACGUGAACCUGCAAGUGAUCACUAACGCCGCAUGUGCCAAUACCUUCGGCGGCAUAGUUAUAUCUUCAACUCUCUGUGUUGCGACCUCUGGAGGAAACAGCCCUUGUCCCGGAGACUCUGGCGGCCCUCUUGCCGUCGGAAGCGGCACCAGCCGUACUCUCAAAGAAAGAAAUUUAACUACUAUGAGUCACGUCAUGACAACCAUCAUGGAUCUUAAAAGGGGGGACCCUGGAGUUGGGUGCGGUGCUUUCCUUGCAGAAUCCCUGAUUCUUCCCUUAAAAGAAAUCCAUGACAACCUUUUUCAUUUUGAUGUCUUUAGAUCGGUAUCGUCUCAUUCGGCGCUGCUGCUGGAUGCACCCUCACAAUUUUGUAAUAACUACGCGCAUGUCACUAUAAAAUUAGGUAAAAUUACAACGCGUCGGAAUAGCACCUUCCACGACUGUCGCUCGAUGACUACCGAACUCGUGCUAUUGGUCGGGUUAAUUCAACGCUGGAUGGUCAGGGAGGGGGAGGGAAGCUGUGCGGAGGGAAGAAGCAACCUCUUUUUAGUUGCCGCCUUCUCACCAACAUCAAGAUCAUCUUUCAACACGCGUACCUGCUACGCAGCUCGCACAUCACGGCACGUCGCCACGUCACAUCAACACCAACAUCGACAUCGGCAUCACCAACCUGCCGCUGGCCGCUCCAACAUCGCCGGCCCACUCGCGCCCUGUGCGCGUCCACUCCGCCGCCACAUAGCGCGCCCUCGCGCGCCCGUAUAUAGGGCAAACCGCGCGCCCGUGCGCGCCCGCGUCGCUCUAAUAGUUAUUGCGUGCCCGCGCACGCUCGCGUCGCCUUAG